AUAAAACUCCUCUUUCAAGUUUCAAUAUAAUGUUCAAAAAGAAUCCCAUAUCCUAAAUUUGCCAAAAAGAAAGCUUCAUACACAUUAUUAUCCAUGGAUAGAGAACAAGAAGAGCUACAAUUCUUAAACUUCUUUGGCAUAUGCAAAGAAUCAACAAAUAUCAUCUUUAAAUGGUCCAAAAUUUUCACCAAGAUAACCUUCACCUUAAUCAUUCCCCUUUCUUGCAUUUUUCUAGCUAAUCAAGGCUUUUCCACCUUCAUUACUAACAAGAUCAUCACCAAUGCGACUACCUUAGAUUACAUCCCUCAAGGAAGCGCGGCUUAUAACAAGAUUUCAAAUUUAAUCACCUCUGAAUGGACUGCAUUUUGGCUCAUCAAACUUGCAUACUUCAUGUUCCUCCUAAUAUUUUCUCUCUUGUGCACCUCUGCAAUCGUCUACACAGUUGCUUGUAUAUAUACUGGUAAGGAAAUUACCUUCAAAAAGAUCAUGAGUGUGGUUCCUAAGGUAUGGAAGAGGCUAAUGGUCACUUUGCUAUGGAAUUUUGCCAUAAUGUUUGCAUACAAUUUUGUUUGGUUCAUAAUUUCAAUGAUAGCUAUUCUCAUAUGGUUGAUUUUAUUUUUUCCAAAUGGUGAGGUUGUUGGAAAUGUAGGUUCAUGCAUAAUGUUGCUAUUAUACCUAGUUGGAUUUACUUAUAUUAGCAUAAUAUGGCAAUUAGCUAGUGUUGUUUCUGUGUUAGAAGACACUUAUGGAAUUCAAGCAAUGACCAAAAGCAAAGAUUUAAUCAAGGGCAAAAUGGGAAUUUCAAGUGCUAUGUUCUUGAUCUUCACUAUAUGCUUAGUGGGUAUUGAAAUGUUGUUUCAGCAAUCAGAGGUGAUUGAUUGGAGGAUUAAUGGAGUUUUAGUGAAAUUAGGUUAUGGAAUUUUGUGUUUGUUGUUGUUGACUUUACUUUUUCUUUUUGGACUUGUUGUUCAAACUGUCAUAUAUUUUGUGUGUAAAUCAUAUCACCAUGAGAAUAUUGACAAGUCUUCAUUGGCUGAUCAUCUAGAAGGGUAUCUUGGGGAAUACAUUCCUUUGAAUUCUAAAAACAUACAAUUGGAGGAAUAUCAUGUGUAAUUACUCCAUAAUUGUUGGUUUUUUCAUUUUGGUAUAUGUAUUUCAUGACUUUUAUUCCAUGUAUGUAAUGAGUUUGGAAAGAUCUUCAAUGUAACAUAUAUAUUUUUGAUUUUA